AUGAGACUCAAGGCCAAGAGCGGUCUAGUGCUCGCAAUAGCGGUGGUGCUUUUGUGGAGUGUGUGGCAGUCACAGAGCCUCAGAGCACGUAGGCCGCGGGAGUACCUGCCGCCGCGGGAGACUGGCUGGAUCAAGCCCAACGUGUACAAGAGAGGCGACAAGGUGGACUUGACCGUAAACAAGGUCGAGUCUGAGAUAACAAAUCUCCCGUACGGAUACUAUGACCUUCGCUUCGUGUGUCCGCCCUCGGAGACCAAGAAGCCACUGCAUCUCUCGCUUGAUGAGGUAAUACGUGGCGACAGAAAAUGGGAGAGCGACUACAACCUGGAGUUUGGCGUGGGCCAAGACUGCGAGCGUCUGUGCGACCGCAAAACCAUGCCGGACGGUCUCAGACAAGCCGACCGUCUCAUACGGGAGAAUUACAUGGUGCACUGGUUGAUCGACGGUGACCUGCCUGCAGCCACUACUUUUGCAUCCACUCGCAGUGGCAAGAAAUUUUACACUGCGGGCUUCCCGUUAGGGCGGGUUGACCACGAGACGGACAAGACGCAUUUGCACAACCACCUUAUGCUGGUCAUUCGCUACCAGGCGUUCGACUUCAAUAGAUACGCUAUAGUUGGGUUUGAAGUGUACCCCAGGUCGGUUUCUGAUUAUCAAUGCCCAGGAGCCUCAAAGAGCUUCGAGCCGUACGUGAUUAACACCGAGGAGACAGAAGUGACUUACAUACCGUUCACCUACUCCGUGUACUGGCGCGAAGAGUCGAAUAUUGACUGGUCGCAUCGGUGGAAUCUCUUUUUCGAUGGAGGCAGCAUGUUGCCUAAUGGGAACGUGUCAUUCUUUUAUUGGAUUUCUCUGGCCAAUAGCGCAAUAGUUGUUGCAUUGAUGACUUUAUUCAUAGCUUUGAUUUUUCUAAAGAUCAGAGCUGACGACUUUGUAGGCACCUUGGCCUUCGAGUGGGCGUCCCAGCCGGUUUAUUACCUAACACAGCUGAACCUUGCCGCUUCCAUGGGAAUUCAAUUCCUGUUCUCCAUCAUUGGGUCAUCUACGAUCUCGUGUUCGCUGUGCAAAGUGCACAAUAUUCGCAGCUGGGAGCUGUCGACUGCUGCUAUAUGUUUUGUCCUGGGGGCUUACACGUCUUCGCUUGUGGGGUCGUUAUUGGCCCCUGGUCCUAAAAUGAACCUCGGUACAUCCGUUUUGUGCGGAUGCACGCUUCCUGCUUUAGCAUUGGUCGUUGUUGCUGUCUUUAAUAGCGUAGUGUGGAUCAAAGACUCUUCAGCUGCGCUACCCUUCGGCACGUUGCUUGCAUUGUUGACCUCAUACUUCGUAAUAUGCUUACCCCUAUCAUUUCUUGGUGGUUUCAGUGCCAGGAAGCUAAGAAGUGCACCAGCCAACGGCCUUAACUAUGAACAAUCGAAGGUACCAUUCUCGUUUCUGUUGAGCAUUGAGUAUCACGAAUACAACCUUCUUCCAGCAGGUCAGGAAAAAGAGAUUCCUGCCAUUUUAUCAAAUCCAUUCCUGCUUACAAUAGUUACCGGUUUCCCACCAUUUGUGGUAACCUGUACUGAACUUCUGUUUGUUUACAGAUCCCUGUGGUUGCAAAAGACAAAUCUCUAUUCCCUUUAUGGCUUUCUCUUGGUCAACUUCAUAUUCUUGUGCAUUACUGUCUGCGAGGUCUCGCUAGUGGUGUGCUACGUGUUGAUGAUUUAUACACAACCUGGUUCCACGGACAGGCAAGCUUCUAAUGAGGGGCCAGAUAUUAGGUGGAGCAUAUGUCGGUCCCCGAUGACAAUAGUGAAGUCUCUUAAGAACUAUAUGGCAUCCACUGCCCGCCGAUGGAAAGCAUCCUUUUCGAGCUGGAGGUGGAAAGCAUUUAUGGCCGGAGCCAGCGUUGCAUGGUACUUCGAGCUGUAUUCCCUGUAUUAUUUGAUAUUCGUUCUUCAUUUACGCGAUUUCUCGUCCAUCCUAUUGUUUGUGUGUUACACGUCACUUUUUAACCUGAUGUGCUGGUGCGCAUUUGGUGCGCUUGGUUACCUGACUUGUUUGUGGUUUCUGAACUUCGUUUCAGCCCCACACAAAAGUCAUUAA